CAAUUACUUUACAUUUGAGUAUGCAGUAAUUCAGAGUUAAAAUGUUUUUUUCCCCCCUCCUCUUCGUAAAACGUGGUUUUCGGCAUCGACCGAUACCACACACAGCGUUGGAAUCGGUUUCUGGUAGUCCCCCCCCCAAAAAAUGAUAUCGGUGCAACAUUUUUGAUGUUGUGAUAUAAAAUUAUCCGUAUCGUUAUACUUUUUCCCAAUAAAUGCAAUUCUAAGCUCUAUUUUUCGCCAAAGCAACACCAUUGUAGACACUCCCCCAUCAUGUUUUUGUCAACUGAUCCACCGACCAUCCAUCCAUUCCUACCUCCCUUUUUUCCAUUCUCCUCCCACCCGCUACACAUCUAUUUGGGUACACGUUCAUUGUUGCUCCCCUGCAUCUGAAGACUACAUUUUCCACUCUUCUCGACCUUCCAACAUCAUUUUUGGACGACCGUAUUUGCAUCUGCGACUGUUAAUAACAGGGGGAAGGGAAACCCUUAGCAACAGUUGAAGUGUCCUCAUCAAGGCGCCACGUCCACUCCAUGUUUUCUCAUGGAAAUGUCUUCUUGAAGGCAGUUUUUCGAGGGAAUUCUACACAAAACCAUGUGAAUAUUUUCUUCUACAAACACGAGGCUUUUUUUUUCUCCUGGUACGAAUCUGACCUAGUGAGGUAAAGUGACAUUCUGAAGCUAUCGCCUACUCAAUAAUGCAUUGAGGUGAGCGCAGGUAUGAGAGGGAGGAGAAAGUGUGGUUGUCGAUUACCGGGAGAAAGUGGGAACGAUUACUGCUUGUGGUUGUAACUGGAGAAGAAACGAUCACCUAAGUGGGAGAAGGUUCACAAAAAAUUAGACAUUUGGAGACUUUAAUACUGGAAAAAAGACUGAUUUUAAGCUUGAAAGGUGCUGGCUGAACAACUGAAUUAAUUAACCGUCGCCAUGGUGAACACGGGCAUGCAACUGAUUAGCUUCACCUGCGCGGUGACCGGCUGGAUCAUGGCGAUAGCGGUGACUGCUUUGCCUCAAUGGAAAGUGUCGGCCUUUGUGGGCAGCAACAUCCUGACGUCAGAAAUCAAGUGGGAGGGCAUCUGGAUGAGCUGCGUCUACCAGACCACCGGUCACAUGCAGUGCAAGACGUACGACUCCAUGUUAGCGUUGCCCCCUGACAUCCAGGCCGCACGCGCGCUCAUGUGUUUGGCCAUUUUCAUGGGAUGGUUAUCCUGCACCGUGUCUUGCUGCGGAAUGAAGUGCACCACCUGCGCCGGGGAUGACCGCCAAGCCAAGGCGGGCAUCGCGCUGGCCGGCGGGAUUCUUUUCAUCUUGACUGGACUGUGCGUUCUCGUUCCCAUUUCGUGGACUGCGAACACCGUGGUUCAAGAUUUUUACAACCCAAACGUGCCGCUGAUGCACAAACGGGAGUUGGGUCAGGCUAUUUAUCUGGGUUGGGCCGCAGCGGUUAUUUUGAUGAUUAGCGGCGCGGUGUUGAGUAGCACGUGCCCGUUGGCGGAUAGGGGGGGACGGUAUCGCAGAGGAUACGUGGGACGUAAUUUUGCGAAUUCGCCUGCUUCGGCGCCGAAUCUUCCUAAAACUAUUACAUCGACCAGUUUACCGCUUAAGGAGUACGUGUAGAGACUAGAGUAGACAAGAUGGCUGCCAGAAAAGAGAAUUCUGGUAGUUGAUUAAUCUCAUAUUGGUCACAGAUUAAUCUCAGAUCAGUCGGUACUCAAAUAGAGAUCAAUCGUAGUUUAAUCUCAAGGUGACUGCAGACUAAUUUUGCAUCAGUCAGAAUUUGAACUUGGAUCGAAGAAGAUUAAUCUCAUCGGUCACAGAUCAAACUGAGAUUAAUCGUAGAUUAAUCACAGAGCAACUGCCGACUAAUUUUGUAUUGAACAUAGUUUGAUUUCGGAUCGAAAAAGAUUAAUCUCGGAUCGGUCUCUGAUCGAAAUGAGAUCAAUCGUAUAUUAAUCUCAGAGUGGCUACAGACUAAUUUUGCAUUGGCCAGAAUUUGAUCUCAGAUCAUUGAUGAUUAAUCUCAGAUCGGUUGCAGAUCAAAUUGAGAUCAAUCGUAGAUUAAUCUCAGAGCGACUGCAGACUAAUUUUGCAUGGGCUAGUUUGAUCUCGGAAUCGAAAAAGAUUAAUCUCAGAUCGGUCGCAGAUCAAUUGUAGAUUAAUCUCAGAGCGGCUGCACACUUUUGCUUCGGCCAUCGUUUGAUCUCAGAUCGAAGAUGAUUCAUCUCAGAUCAGUCGCAGAUCAAAUUGAGAUCAAUCUUAGUCUGCAGUCACUCAGAGAUUGUUUGCAUUGACCUUAGUUUGAUCUCUGAUCGAAGAAGAUUAAUCUCAGAUCGGUCGCAGAUCAAAUUGAGAUCAAUCGUAGAUUAAUCUCAGUGAUCCGAGACUAAUUUUGCAUUUGAUUUCGGACUGAAAAAGAUUUAUCUUAGAUUGGUCGCAUAUCAAAUUGAGAUCAAUUGUAGAUUAAUCUCAGAGCGGCUGCAGACUCAUUUUGCUUCGACCAUUGUUUGAUUUUUGGAUCGAAGACGAUUCAUCUUUGAUUGGCUGCAGAUCAAUGUCAUAUAAAUUGUAGAUUAAUCUCAGAGCGACUGCAGACUAAUUUUGCAUUGGCUAGUUUGAUCUCGAAUCGAAAAAGAUUCAUCUCAGAUCGGUCGAACAUCAAAUUGAGAUCAAUUGUAGUUGUAUUGAGUUCAUUUUCCUCUCCUCUUAUAGAUCAAUCUCAGAGCAGUAGCAGACUAAUUUUGCUUCGGCAAUAGUUUGAUCUCUUAUCGAAGAAGAUUGAUCUCUGACUGGCUGCAAAUCAAUCUCAUUUAAAUUGUAGAUUAAUCUUGCUUCAACUGUAGAAUAAUCUCACUACGGUUUUGGAUUUAACUCAGAUUGGUUGUAGAUUAAUCUAUCCAAUUUUGUGUUGAUUUCAAAUAGGCCGUAGAUAAAUUCUUUCAAUCCAUCGACUGUGAUAAAUGUCCAAGCAUGUGGCUCUUUUCUUCCUCCUGCUGUGAAUUUAAAUGUCAUGAGUUGACGUCCAAUCCAUUUGAACUGGGAUUAAUUGAAAAAAUCCAAGGGGUGACUAAACCUAAGAAGGUGUUAUGAAAUCUGCACUUUGCUUAAUAUGUGUUUAUCAGUAUUUAAACCUGUGCAGGUUCACUGAAUUUUAAACCAUUUUAUGAUUAUUUAUCCAUUUAUUUCCUGUUGUCUGUAUUUUCAUAUUCCAUUGAAUUGUGAAAUAAAAACAUACUGUGUGAAUCUCUUGAUCUUUUUUUGCUUCAC